AUUUAUUCUACUUAGACACCUCAAAGAAGAGGAAGUACAGCAGCUGUUUGUCCCUUCUCGUUGAGUCCGCGGCUCUUUCCUGUCCCGUUUGGUCUUUUUAAAUCUUUAUUAACGGGAACAAUCAUCGUUCGUCAUGUCGGAGGAUCUGCGCGCUGACCUGGAGAAAUACCUGCAGAGUCUAAACAUCCGGACGAGCUGCGUGGAUCAUCCUCCGGUGUUCACAGUGGAGGAGAUGAUGCCGCACCUGCAGGAUGUGAGUGGCGCCGUCACUAAGAACCUCUUUCUGAAGGACAAGAAGAAGAAAGGUCUGUGGCUGGUGUCAGCUCGCCACGACCGCCAGGUGAACCUGAACGACCUUGCCAAAAAGCUUGGGGUUGGGAGUGGAAACCUGCGGUUUGCUGAUGAGGCGAUAAUGCUGGACAAGCUGAAGGUGGGUCAGGGAUGUGCGACGGCUCUCGCUCUGCUCUUUGAUAAGGACCACAGUGUGAAGUUUGUCCUGGAUCGGGACCUGGUAGAAGGAGGUCACCAGAUGGUCUACUUCCACCCAAUGACCAACGCUGCCACCAUGGGGCUUCGACCAGAUGACCUGCUACACUUCCUCAAAGAGACGGGACAUGAACCGGUCCUGGAGAGCUUUGAGUGAGACGGACUUGGGUCUAAUCUGGAAAUAAGUGUCCUUCAGGUUCUUCUCUGAGCAUGACUUGAGAUACAGCUUUGAACUACAGUGGGGCAAAAAAGUAUUUAGUCACCCACCGAUUGUGCAAGUUCUCCCACUUAAAAUGAUGACAGAGGUCAGUAAUUUUCAUCAUAGGUACACUUCAACUGUGAGAGACAGAAUGUGAAAAAAAAUCCAUGAAUUCACAUGGCAGGAUUUUUAAAGAAUUUAUUUGUAAAUCAGGGUGGAAAAUAAGUAUUUGGUUAAUAACAAAAAUUCAAUUCAAUACUUUGUAACAUAAGCUUUGUUGGCAAUAACAGAGGUCAAACGAUUACUAUAGGUCUUUACCAGGUUUGCACACACAGUAGCUGGUAUUUUGGCCCAUUCCUCCAUGCAGAUCUUCUCGAGAGCAGUGAUGUUUUGGGGCUGUCGCCGAGCAACACGGACUCUCAACUCCCUCCACAGAUUUUCUAUUAGGUUGAGGUCUGGAGACUGGCUAGGCCACUCCAGGACUUUCAAAUGCUUCUUACGGAGCCACUCCUUUGUUGUCCGGGCGGUGUGUUUGGGAUCAUUGUCGUCUUGGAAGACCCAGCCACGUUUCAUCUUCAAAGCUCUCACUGAUGGAAGGAGGUUUUGGCUCAGAAUCUCACGAUACAUGGCCCCAUUCAUUCUGUCCUUAACACGGAUCAGUCGUCCUGUCCCCUUAGCAGAAAAACAGCCCCAAAGCAUGAUGUUCCCACCCCCAUGCUUCACAGUAGGUAUGGUGUUCUUGGGAUGCAACUCAGUAUUCUUCUUCCUCCAAACACGACGAGUUGAGUUUAUACCAAAAAGUUCUACUUUGGUUUCAUCUGACCACAUGACAUUCUCCCAGUCCUCUGCUGUAUCAUCCAUGUGCUCUCUGGCAAACUUCAGACGGGCCUGGACAUGCACUGGCUUCAGCAGCGGAACACGUCUGGCACUGCAGGAUUUGAUUCCCUGCCGUUGUAGUGUGUUACUGAUGGUGACCUUUGUUACUGUGGUCCCAGCUCUCUGCAGGUCAUUCACCAGGUCCCCCCAUGUGGUUCUGGGAUUCUUGCUCACCGUUCUCAUGAUCAUUUUGACCCCACGGGAUGAGAUCUUGCGUGGAGUCCCAGAUCGAGGGAGAUUAUCAGUGGUCUUGUAUGUCUUCCAUUUUCUGAUAAUUGCUCCCAUAGUUGAUUUUUUCACAAAAAGCUGCUUGCCUAUUGUAGAUUCACUCUUCCCAGUCUGGUGCAGGUCUACAAUUCUUUUCCUGGUGUCCUUCGAAAGCUCUUUGGUCUUGGCCAUAGUGGAGUUUGGAGUCUGACUGUUUGAGGCUGUGGACAGGUGUCUUUUAUACAGAUAAUGAGUUCAAACAGGUGCCAUUAAUACAGCUAAAGAGUGGAGGACAGAAAAGCUUCUUAAAGAAGAUGUUAGAGGUCUGUGAGAGCCAGAGAUUUUCCUUAUUUGAAGUGACCAAAUACUUAUUUUCCUCCCUGAUUUACAAAUAAAUUCUUUAAAAAUCCUGCCAUGUGAAUUCAUGGAUUUUUUUUUUCAAAUUCUGUCUCUCACAGUUGAAGUGUACCUAUGAUGUAAAUUACUGACCUCUGUCAUCAUUUUAAGUGGGAGAACUUGCACAAUCGGUGGCUGACUAAAUACUUUUUUGCCCCACUGUAAGUAAAAUAAACUUUUCUCACAUGGCAUAAAGAUCCCUGAAAUCACUUCAUAGAUGUUCCAAAACCACCAAGAUGUUGGAGGAACUUUGUGGAGGCUGCUGAAGUGACUGGGUUUUCUAAUUUUUUACAAAAGUAAGCCACACAGCCUCAAUUUUUCUGAGGAACUAAUCAAAUGACAAUUAGAUACAAACAUUGAUGUAAAAUCAGUGGGUCAGAAAUGGUCAGAUAUGUUUUAACUUUGUUUACAAACAGUAGUGACAAUAAAAAGCUGCACAUGAA